AUGCCGGCUGCUCGGCAGCUGCUGCCUGGGCAGGGGGGAUUAAAGGGAGACAGGUACGCGUUAAGGCAUUUAUAAGUAUUUUCAAUUAGCUUUAAACCAGUUCCCCUGUUCAAGUUCCUUCCAUUUUAACUCAUUCCUCACUUCUAUCCGUGCACCUAAGACGUCUUUGUGUUUAGUCCCAAGUCCAUUUAAUGUGGUAUUUGUACUUAUGUACAUAGUUUUCCAAAGUUUCUCUCGAACACUGUUUUGUCGUAUAUUUUCAUCUGACCGACAAUUAGACCGUCGGUUUCGACGGUGUCCACCAUGGGCUUUACAGCAGGAUGAAAACAGGGACGGUGACUUGCGCGCGAGUUAGUUUAUAGACUUGCGCAGCAUCUACCUGACUCUCCUCCACCCGCGCCCGAUGUCAAGACGUAACCAGGAAGACCGGAGAUGGGACAGGGUGGCCGCUCGGAUCCCAUUAGGUGAGAGAGCCAUAAAGGCCACAUUAAGGAGUCGUUACAGCCGGACUCUCGGACCACCAGUUCGCCACUCAACACGAGCACGCACUGGAUUGACUGCGAGGUCCAAGUUAUCCCGUUAGUUGACAACCUUCCAAGCUACGGCUUUUAGCACACCCUUAUAGCUUUAAGCGCGUCAGAUUGCUUAUAGAGGAAAGUGCGCUGAGCCGUCGACCUUUCUAUUCCCAUUCCCAGUCUCCUGCUCCUGUCUGAGCUGGUCAGAUGUCUGGUGUGGGGAAUUUUCGCAGCGGCUGACGUAUUUAAUGACCUCGUCUGUGCGCUCCACAAGCACGAUCUGGCUCCCCAAGUGCACACGCAAAGGGAUAGGACUCGGGUCUCACAUGUAUUAGGUGAGCCACACGGACAAAAGCACACUUCUCACUUACGUGAGAGGUGCCGGUGAUGUGGGAUUUUGGCGGGGUGUAUGUGUGGAGGACGUGUUGGUGGGGGAGUGUGCGGUGAUGUGGUCGUGUCUGCGGUGAUUUACCGCACGUUUUAAUGAGACACAUGUGACCCCAUAGGCCCAUACAGUGAGUGUAUGUGCACGGACAGUAUCUGCAGUUAGGGCCGAUGCGGUGGCUGAAUGUUGAUGCUCCUAGCACUGGCUCGCCAGCCUCGGGGAUGGGUUCGCAAGUGACCGGCCAGGCCGAUGCGUAAUGUACAUUUACAGUGGCAGUGAGGGCAUGACAGGUUUGGGGCUGUAGAAUCGGUUGGUGUGAUGUAGGUGUCAUCCGUGUCCAUGCUGGUAGAUUGGAGUUGCUAGUGCCAGAUGUUGGGACGCUGUCGGGCAUGCAGGGUCUGUUUGUGGUGUCGAUAUCACAGUGAACUCAGCUUUCAUGGGUGAACAUGUGACCAGAUAGGCCCGUGCGAUGAGUGAAUGUGCGAGCGGUGAUGGCGGGUUAGGUCGGGGAUAUAGGCACUGGUGCACCUGUCACAGCGCUAUAGGGUGGCAAGUGACCGGCCACGGUGAUGUGCGAGGUGAAUGUGCGGUCACAGUAAGGGCAGUUUGGGACCGAUCCCACAUUGAUGGAGGUGGGAGUGGUGAUGAAGCUGUUUAUGUUUGACGAGGCGUCGGGAGCGUAUCGGUGGGUGGCGGGGCGGUGUAGGUGGUUGUGCUCGUUAUCACUGCCGUGAUUGUGGCAGGGAUGAUGGGGGUGGCUGUGAGCGACGGUGGUGGGGCACGGGAAUUCAGAGAAACGGUGGUGAGGACAGGUGCCGUCGUGGUCGGCGGGGAGGGGAGGGGGGGUUGGAGAAGGGGCGGUUGUGGAGGCUGCAUUUGCAAUUGUUGGGCGGUUGGUGCAUUGGGUCCGAAGAUGACCGACGAGACCGAUCCGCGCACGAAAUGUUCGUUGACAGUGCGGGCACGUUAGGUGGGGUUGAGUGGUGAUGUUGCGGAUCGCAGGGGCUGAGACUUGCGAGCAAUCCUUUUGGCUUUGCGGUGGCGAUCCGGUUUGCUUCGUAUAUUUCUUCAUCCCAGUUGGUUCUGGACGCGUUUACCCCAGGCCCUCGUUUUGAUCUGUAGUCGCUUCAGGGAGUUCUUCCGUGUCCAUGCAGCGUCGUUUUUGUUCUUCUCGGCGAGCACCCGUAGACACAUCUCCGUUGAAGAGUCGUUUGAGUAAUCGCGCACUGUCCACCUUCACCAGGCGGAUGCUCCAUCGCAGUUGCAGUUGCCGCAGCAUGGCGUGUAUGCUGAGAAUUUCGGUCCGUUUUAGGGCUUCUGUAUCCGGGAUCCUGUCCUGCCAUCUCAACUCUAGUGUUCUGCGGAGGCAGCUGAGAUGAAAAUGGUUGAGUUUCCUGGCAGGACUAGAGUAGACGGUCCAGGUUUCCGAUCCGUACGGUGUUGCCAUAACGACAGCUUUACGCAUCUUUAGCUUGGUGCUGAGGUGGAGGCCCUGACGGUCCCAUACGGAGUUCUGCGGCCAGCCGAUGGCUUUGCUGGCUAUGGAGACUUGGUGAGACACUUCGUCAUCGAUUCCGAUGCAGCGUGAGAGUGUGCCACCUAAAUAGGCGAAGUUGUCCACGGUCUCCAGUUCUGUGCUGUUGACGUGGAUGCGAGGUACACUGUGUGCAGCGAUGGGUUGCGGUUGGCCCAUGAUCACCGUUCUUCCGUGUUGAUGGUUAGUCUGAACUUGGCGUACCCGGCGACGAAGAGGCCCAUGCUCCGUUGCGUGUUUUCUUCGGUCGUGGCGUUGGGUGCGCAGUCAUUCGCGAAGAGCAGGUUGUGGACUGUAGCCGUGGGAAGACGCGUUGAGGCCUGGGUGCUCCGGCUAUUGAGAGGAUGCUCGUCCGUCUCUUAGGCACUACGCAUCCCGGGGCGAUCAUCACGGUAGGCGUCCAUCAGCAUGGCAGAAAAUACGAGACUGAAGAGGACAGGGGCGAGCACUCACGCCGUUGGUUACUGCAAAUGCCUCAGAGAGCCCCAAUGUCCGUGACGGGUGCCACCAUCCCGUCGUCGAGCUGGUAGUCUUUUUCGCCUCUCCUGCCUGGGAACAUCGAACGUCUCAUCCCCACGCCUGAUGUUCAACUGAGAGGUGUGAUAAACAGAUAGGGCAACCUUGUUAUCCAGCCGUGUCUUCAUUUGGGCAAUCUGAUCUUUUAGACCGACGACUGAAAUGUCCCUCAGAUUCGAUUUCUAAGCGUCGAUCUAUCCACACAUCCUCUUUGAGCUAAUUCCCUAUUUCAGUCAGCACCCUACCCGGUAUCAGGCCUGAUGUUGUGGUCUUUUGGUCAAAGCCGCUCACGGAUUAUAAGAAGCCAGGAGCGUAUUGUGUGGUCGGUUAAGGUAAAAAACCGGGGGCAAGGCUCGUGAGCAGAGGCGGCCUAAGAUCGUCAUGGGCUGGUUAACCGUUCUGUUCUUUUUGUUAAAGUUCCCGGCCAACAAUAUGGCUUUUAUCACUGUACUCAGUUACAGAAUCAAUUUGUUCGUUGCCUUAGUUCACGUCGUUAUCCGACAUUUUUCCGAUCUUAAUUGGAUUAGGGUAUGUCGGGCUUACCUUGGGAUACGAAUUCCCUAUAUGCAAAUUUCAUACUGGCGCCUCCACUCCGACACACGUAGUCAUGCCGUUAAAACUCGCCCGUUGCGUUUUAAAUGUAGCUUUUAUACGGUCUGUGCAAAUGACUUGGGUUUGAGCCCCUCAAUGAACAGUUCAUUUGUCACGAACAAAAUUUGCACAGGACUUUAUCUGUCGCAGGCGUCUGAUUACUACUUUUCUAGAUGGACGUAUGUGAGCAACUUUCACAUACUGUUUUUAACUUCGUAGUGGUGCGCGGUUCUAGGAAAGUAGAUUAUCCGUCCGCAUGACCUUCCUUAUCGGAGUUGCCUCCAUGCACAACUGGCCAAGCUGGUCGGUCUUAGAUGGAGAAGUGGGCGUUAGGUGUGGACACAGCACAGAUAACAUAGUUGGUUUUCGGAAUAUAACGAUAAUUACCCCCCAGUCAGGGGCGAAGUGCCACUGUUGGCCCCCCUAACUCGUUCCAUCACCCCGACUCUUCUCUUUUUAUAUGACAGCGAAUAAGUAUCCAGUAGGUCCUUUGUACUCAGGCAUUGUCAAAGGAGAUGACAUAAAAUCCUGGUCACCGGCCUUCUUUCGGCUGUUAUGGCUUUCUCCGGUUCCAUGUGGAGCGGUCAAAAUCAUUUCUAAUUUCAUUUCCCUAAUCAGGUUAUCGACGAAUUCAUCCCUCAGGUGUCAUCCAGACUGUCUAAUAGAGGCGUCCUCUAUCUUCUUCUCCUUCGCGAAAACUGUCCCUCGGAAGUGCAUGAACUCGUCCGCAAAACCUCAAACGGUCGUCUGUCCGAAACGGUUUGCCUCCUGGAGCGUACAUGUUGCAACGAAAGUCUCGCAGUGUAUCGGUACUACGACCCUACCGUGUACGACCGGCUGUUUGAAAUAUAAGUUACUUAACAAAAUAACGAUCUUUACUCAUUCAGUUGUAUACUGGCUCCUCGCUUAAUUUUGGCGCAAUCGCAACCCCAUAAUUCGUCCCUAGACUUUGAACCAUCGCAUAUUACCUUUCGCUCUCUGUAACUAACACGUAUCACCGUCUACGCUGACGUGAGAAAAUACCCAAAGGCUCUCUGGUAUUUUCAGCUUAUGAUAAUGUUCUGCCAUCAUAGGGGGCGAUCGGUAA